AUGGCCGAUUUCGAGCCGCCUCCGGGUCCUCCGCCGCCCAAGGUACCCGAGGGCUGGGUCGCGCGAUUCAACGAGCAGUACAAGGAAUGGUUCUACGUCAAUACCUAUACCAAGAAAUCCCAGUGGGAGAAGCCCACCGAACCUGCCCGGCCGCCGCCCGAGGACGACGUGCCCCCGGGCCCGCCCCCAUCCUACACCCCGGGCGACAACCCGCCGGCGACAAGUGACACCAAGCACAACCCCUACAACGACAACAACAGCAGCAGCAACAACGCCGCCUCCUCCUCCUCCUCCAACCCGUUCUCUCCCGCCCCCAAACCCAACAACGAAGAGGAAGACGAGCGCCUCGCCCGCCAGCUCCAAGCCGAGGAAGACGCCCGCGCCCGCGCCUCGCACUCGCCCUCGACUUCCCCCUUCCCAGACCAGCUGCCCCCGCGCCCGGACGGCGCCGGCGACCGCCCGCGCGGCUUCCUCGGCAAGCUGUUCAACAAGCGGCCGGGCGGCCACUCCCACUCGGCGCCGCCCCCGCCCGCGGCGCCGUACAACGCGCCGUACCCGCCGCCGCAGCCCGCGCCGUACGGCGGCGGUGGGUGGGCGUCGUCCGCGCCCCCGCCCCCGCCGCCGGGCGCGUAUGGCGGUGGGUAUCCUCCCCCGGCUGGCGGGUACUAUCCCCCGCCGGGGCCGUAUGGUGGCGGGUAUUACCCGCCGCCGCAGCAGCCGCAGGGCCGGAUGGGGGGUGGUGGGGGUAUGGGCGCGCUGGGGGGCGCGGCGCUGGGUGUUGGGGCCGGGUUGAUCGGUGGGAUGCUCAUUGAGGAUGCCAUCCAGGACGGGCAGCAGGAGGCGUUUGAGCAGGGAUAUAUUGAUGGUGCGAAUGGCGGCGGCUUUGAUGGCGGUGACUUUGGAGACUUCUAA